AUGGAAGAGCGGCCGCGGCGCAGCGUCCAACGUGCUACUCGAACCACGGCAAAGCCGGCAAGGCGCAUGUGGCACGAGUCUGUGCAUGGAGAAGGAUCUUCUGUGGACGAAGAAGAGGACGAGGAAGUCGAAGAAGCGGAGGAGGAGGAAGAAGAAGAAGAAGAGGAAGAAGAGGAGGAAGAGAUUGAGGAGGAAGGGGACGAAGAGGAGCCGCCUGUGGACGAGGCUGAUGAGGCUGAGCUGGACGCCAUUGACUCUGCGUGUCGCAUCUCGGUCACAAGUCGAGACUUGCACACGCUGCAACAAGGGACGCUCGUAAGCAUCCUCAAGACGCCCGACGUGGAGCAGCGCGUGCCACACACGGCUCACAAGGUGGGAGUAGUGGAGGAGGUUCCACAGCACCCGAAUACAUGGUUCAAGGUGCGGAUACGGGACGGAGAUGUGGUGUACAAGUACCGCCCGUCGGCACUAGAAGUUGUGGAAGACGGGGACGAGGUCACUAGUCCGCGUCAAAUCUCCGUGGCCCGUCAGGGGGAGAUAGAAAAAGAGUCAAUGGAAGAGGGAGAAGAGGAAGAAAUAGACGACGAAGUAUAUGAGCGAAAGAAGAAGGAGAAAAAGAAGAGGGAAGACGAGCGUCUGAUGCCAGGCACACGCGCUCAGCUAAAGUUAGCGAUCCUGCACGGCACCGAAAAACGGUAUCUAAAAAACUACGAUGGGAUGGAAGGAGUUGUGGUGGGUCAUAGUAAGACAGGCUUUGUGGUGCAACUGGACGCGGACGAGGACAUUGCUUUGACACUGCGUCGAAAACAUCUCGUGGUAAUACCAGAUGACGAAGAUGACGGUGAAGAUGAUGACGAAGAGGAUGGAGAGGAUGAAGAGAAUGGCGUAGGGAUUGGAAACGAGGACCAAAGGAAAAAAGUCGCUGGUGUUCAAAAGAAGAGGCGAUCGAAGGGAAAGUUACUAGCAGUUCUGGAUCCGGACAUGUGGAUAGAGCGCAAGUGCCGAAUUAAUGUCGGCAAGUUUAAGGGUCAACAUGGUCGUGUGCUCCGCUCAGGUAAUGGCUGGGUGCAGCUGAAACUCGAAAACUCGAGUGAGAACACAGCCAAGCGUGCGUACGAACUCACCUUGCUCGAGGACCUGGAAACGAUCAAGGUACUGCACGCUAAGAGUGUUGAAAAGGAACGAAAACGUCGUGCGGAAAAUCGGGUGAAUCGGAUCAAUUACCGAGGCGAUGACAGAGUCGAGGAUGACGACGACGACGAUACUAACACUAGCGAAUUGGAUGACGCUCUAACAGCAGAACAAAUUGAGGACUCUCAGGGCGACGAUGACAGUGGGGAACGUUCUCGCCGUGUGUCAACUCGCGGGAGCUACGGGAUUUCUUGGAUAGCAAAGAAGGUGAAUCUGCCAAAUCGCAAGGGCUUUGGCAUUGUGAAAAAGGCGGAUCGUGAUACGUGCACGGUAGAAAUCCAAACCACGAAGGUGCUUCAAGUGUUCAAAAAGAAAGAUUUACAACUUGCUAAUGACAGCCUUCCCAAGACCGCUCGUCAGAAUAGCCGCAAUCGCAAUAAUGUCAAAGCCCGGGAGAAACUUGGGCUCGAUGAUGACGCUGUCCUAAUGGGUACGACACCUUCACGGUACAUUGCCUUCCAAGACGUUGUAAAGCGAUUUGCAUUGCGUCGGCGUGAAAAGCUGAAAAAACGCCCAAACCUUAGCGAGUGGCAAGCGCGGUUGAAUUUGAAUUAUCUGGAAAAUGGGUUCUGGGACAAAAGUGAUCUCUCUGUGGUUGAUCUAGUCGUCGUCCCACAAUGUGAAAUUUGUGGCGUAGAAAAAGAGGAAUCAACCGGCCACUGUUGGAACAUUAAGUGUCCUAGAUGUCCCACUUUUGACGUGGACUCAUUCGACCCGAAUGAUGAACUUGCUGUUAUGCGGGUGCCUGUUGUGCCAUUCACCAAUGACAGUGUUACUGCCCAGCUGUUCCUCAAAAAGGAAAAAUUGUCACGGAAGCGAAAACAUGGAUCUCCGAACUCAGCUCAAGCGAUAGCCACCGAGAGCUAUGAUGAGGCAUAA